ACGCAAUUUCCGCCGGCAGCAGGACCUAGCCAGACAUUCGCGGUCCUGCUUGUGAUCCGACUCCCGUUUUCUGGUCCCCUUUUUAUAGGGGUGACACUUGCCCAUCUGGGAAGUCAUGCUGCUAGUAGUAGUAGUAGUAGUAGUAGUAGUAGUAGUAGUAGUAGUAGUAGUAGUAGUAGUAGUAGUAGUAGUAGUAGUAGUAGUAGUAGUAGUAGUAGUAGUAGUAGUAGUAGUAGUAGUAGUAGUAGUAGUAGUAGUAGUAGUAGUAGUAGUAGUAGUAGUAGUAGUAGUAGUAGUAGUAGUAGUAGUAGUAGUAGUAGUAGUAGUAGUAGUAGUAGUAGUAGUAGUAGUAGUAGUAGUAGUAGUAGUAGUAGUAGUAGUAGUAGUAGUAGUAGUAGUAGUAGUAGUAGUAGUAGUAGUAGUAGUAGUAGUAGUAGUAGUAGUAGUAGUAGUAGUAGUAGUAGUAGUAGUAGUAGUAGUAGUAGUAGUAGUAGUAGUAGUAGUAGUAGUAGUAGUAGUAGUAGUAGUAGUAGUAGUAGUAGUAGUAGUAGUAGUAGUAGUAGUAGUAGUAGUAGUAGUAGUAGUAGUAGUAGUAGUAGUAGUAGUAGUAGUAGUAGUAGUAGUAGUAGUAGUAGUAGUAGUAGUAGUAGUAGUAGUAGUAGUAGUAGUAGUAGUAGUAGUAGUAGUAGUAGUAGUAGUAGUAGUAGUAGUAGUAGUAGUAGUAGUAGUAGUAGUAGUAGUAGUAGUAGUAGUAGUAGUAGUAGUAGUAGUAGUAGUAGUAGUAGUAGUAGUAGUAGUAGU